AUGGAGGAGAUAAGGGUGGAAGACGAUUCAUUAGGCCCGCAGAAGGGCGCAGCACGUUCCAGCUCACAGGUGCAGCCCUGCUGGCCUUUCCGGAGGAAUUUCUCUCAAAUUAGCUGUUGGGCUGCUGAGGGCGCAGCGGCGGAAACAAUGGAGGGCCUGGGCGAUGGCGACCCCGUGUUAGGAACUGCAGCAGGUGCAGCAGCAGUCACAACCAGCGGCCCAGCAGCGACGCCAGUGACAGUUCUAGUUCCAGUUCGAGUUCCAGCAGCACCAGCAGGUUCCAGCAGCAUCAGCAGGUUCCAGCAGCCCAUCCGCCCAGCCGGUUACAGCAACCCAUCCAGUUCCAGCAGCCCAGCUGGUUCCAGCAGCCCAGCCGGCUCCAACAGCCCAGCAGCCUGGCGACGGCGCCAGCAGCAGCAGCAGCAGCAGCAGCAGCAGCGGCGGCAGCAGCAACAGCUGACGCGGUGA